AUGGGGGAAAAUAUAAUGGGUAGGCACGCUCAUGGCACACGCAUUAAGCAAUCCAACUCAUAUAGUCCACCGCCUAGUCCUGGUGCUCGCCUUUUGGCUACCGAAAAGGGUCAGUGUGCUACAAAAGGAGGUCUAUGGGAGUGUGGACAACACACGCUGCGUUUUAACAUUUUCAAAAUUUCCUUCCAUACUACAUUUAGUUGGACGGCUGUGAGAAACCAAGCUAAAAUGGACGUUAGAUCAUCCAGCCCAGUUGCUUUGCAGUUGGACUCUACAGAAUUGAAGAGAAUGAUGAAAGAAGGAGAAGCAAUUGCGGAGGCGUCGCCACUUCCAACUCCUCCCAGGUCGAGUGUUCUCAUUACCAUGUCUCCUUGUCCAGAGGAAGAUGAAGAUGAGAAAAACAUGGAUUUUCGAAAUAGAGCACAGUGGCUUCGGGCUGCUGUCCUUGGAGCUACCGAUGGACUGGUCACAACAGCGUCACUGAUGAUGGGCGUGGGCGCGGUGAAAACAGACGCAAAGACAAUGGUGAUAUCUGGGCUGGCGGCGCUGGUGGCGGGGGCAUGCAGCAUGGCCAUCGGCGAAUUCAUUUCCGUGCAAACGCAGCGCGACGUGGAACUGUCCAACCUCAAGAGACAAAAGCAAGCUGAAAAGGCGUUGAAGGGAACAGAACAAGCGAACAGAUUGCCUCCUGCGUCUCCGUUGGUGAUUUCAAGAGAAGAGAAAGAGGGGCUUCCAAGCCCAAUUCAGGCGGCUUGCGCAUCGGCCCUUGCGUUCUCUGUGGGGGCACUGUUGCUUCUUAUCUCUGCUGCCUUUAUCAGUGACUAUACUGUUAGGGUUGGCGUUCUAGGUGGAGUUUCGAGCUUGGUGCUCAUAAUCUUUGGCGCGAUUGGAGCUUACUUUGGGCGGUCUUGUAUUGUUAAGGGGAGCAUGAGAGUGUUGAUUGGAGGAUGGCUUGCCAUGUUAGUCACCUACGGUCUGCUAAGGCUCUUUCGCGCCACGGCAGGAGUUGAAGACACGGCAGACUGCUUCAAUAGCUUUCGAACUGAAUCUUAA